AUGAGCUCUCCCGAGCCAUCCUCGCCAUCCGUCGAGCCCUCUCAGCCCACUUCCCAGGAGCCGACCUCUGAACCACCCACCUCGAACCCACCCGAGCCCACGACUACAUCGCCGGAACCUUCCCAGCCGCCCACUUCCAACCCGCCUACAUCCGAGCCCCCUCCCAGCUCUAACCCUCCAGACCCGCCUUCCACCUCAAACCCACCCCCACCAAGUAGCGAUCCAACAUCGUCCCCCCCCACGGUCGACACCUCCUCUACAAACCCCACUCCCUCAAACCCAGCCCCCAACCCCUCGUCAACCGUCGCUCCCCCUCCAGCGUCGUCCAACAGACCCACGGUUCUGCCCUCCCUGAUCCUCCCAGGGGGCACCACGCAACUGACCUCGGGCGUGCUCAUCACGACCACGGAUGCAAAUGGCAAUACUAUCACCACUGCACCUUCAGUUUUGACGACGGGGAUCCUCAAGACGGAUGCGUCUGGCCGCGUAUACACCGUCACGGCGAUUGUGCACAACACGGCCAGCAUCAAUGGGAGCUCAUCACGAGGAGGCGGCAGUGACUUUUUCCAGAACACUGGAGCUGUCGCCGGCGUGUUUGUGGUCGUUGGUCUCGUGGUUGCAGCGGGCAUUGGCGCCUUCACGUUCUUCACGCUCCGCCGCCGUCGUCGCCAGCGUCUCGACCGGGAUGUGGCUGCUGCUGCUGUGGCCGCCGCUGCUGCUCAGCAACCGCGCUUUGAUGACGACGACGACCACUCGCCAGCCAUGACUCAGUACGGCGCGUACUAUGCGUCCAACACAAGCCAUGACUUUGAGAACUCGACACCGCAGUCGACGAGAGGCUACGACUACGAGGCCGCGGGUGGCUACGACCCGUACGCUGCCAACCUGGUUGACGUUAGCAACCUGCCCGGUGACACCAACUACCACAAUGCAGGGACCACCUACCCUCCCAAUGGGCAGUACUAUGUGGACCCGAAUGGGAACGGCGCCCCUGACUUUUCGCGCGGAGGUGCAGACUACCACCACUCGUACGGAGACCCACAGUACGACGUGGCCCACGUCUACGCAGGCCACGAUGAGACGCUCCCCACUGUCCCGGAGCACCAGGAGGACCAGUACCGGAUGUCUUACUACAACUACCCGGACGACGCAGCAUACAACUACAACGAAUUUGACGAGGCGCCUCCAGCCGCGUCUCUCGAGCGCCAACAGAGCGUCGGAAGCGUCAACUCUGGCGCAGUCCACCGCGACUUGACCGUCACCAACGUCUAG